GCAAGGAAAAACAAAAAGAUCUGGCCAUAAUAGAUGUCACAAAAGCACACUAAAAAUAGCUAACCUUGCUUUAUCAAUUUCCCAUUAAAAGGCAUAGAAAUCACAAAGCAUAAAAAAGUACACUGCAGACUCUGCAUAUAACUAAAAAUACAACAACAUGACCCAUUAUUUGUGGUUACUAAACCCCAUAAGCCUCUGUGCACCUUUAUCUUCUUGAACCAUGGUCAUGGUGGUGUGGUGGGUGUGGCUAAUUUAGCCUGCAGCAAUCGACCUUAUUGUUGGACUUUGGGGUUGGUACAGAUUUGGGUACCGCAGAUUUCAAUAUCUGUACCAACACUGACUUUUUCUUUGCCGGGAAAACACUUCCAUUUUUCUGUUUGUUGGAGCUGAGCUGCUCUUCACUUGGGCUAGAGUCCACCACCUUCUUUGGCUCUAUUUUCGUGCAGCCACAGCAGCCCUCCUCUUCAUCUGAGCUCACCAUCUUUGCCUUUUCCAUCUUGAAAUCUCAGAGGAAAAAGCAGCAGAACAGUCCAUACCCCUAAACAAAGCCCAGUACUAUAUAACCUUACAAAUUACAAUGUCCAAGCAUUGUUUGGGCUGCUUAAAUAUAUAAGAAGAAAGACGUUGAGGAACUACAAUUUAUUUCCAGAAAAGAAAGGAAAGGUUGUUUGGAAUGAUUGUUUGUCAAAGAUUUAAUCUUUUUUCCCACAGGAGGGUGACAUUGAAAAUCUGCUAUUUGCUAACUGAGGAGUUAUGGCCAGGAUCCUAUUUGAUAAGCUUUGAGUGUGCAAAGACAUUUUCUAUUUAUGGAUUGUUAUUUGCUAACUGAAGUCUUCAAUCCUCUGUUGCUCUAUCUGUUAGACGAUGCCCUCAAGUCGAUAUUAAGGAGUUCACCUUCCUUGAGAAAAUCUUCUCAAAGACCCAAACGGAGGAAAGGACUUGGGCGAAGUUGGUGACACUUAAAACCAUUCAUUGGUAUUGUGACGGACCAGAACCAACACCAGCAGCCGUCAAGUACGAGGCACAGAUUAGAAGGCAAAUGGACGACGCCAAGAGGAGAGCUUUGAUUAGAUCCAAAGCUGCAGAGAAGACCGGUGAUGUUGCUCCCUCUGUGAUGGGCCCAAGCAAUCUGUCUGCCAAGAGGAAAACAUAACCCAAAGUGGAUCGUCAGGCUAAGAAGGCCAAAGUGUCCUUGGAACCCGUCGUGGGACUUAUGGCGGAGCCUCCAAAGACGGCCACUCCAAUCAAGCACAGGGUCGGCAAAGGCCUCAUGAAGGGGCCGUUGAAGGAUCAAGAGAAGCCGCUCGUCCUUCUUCGAGAGGAUUCUAAGCACGCCUUAGAACAGAUUUCCUCCAUCAUGUCGGCGGAGGAUUAUGAAGACCUAGGCAACCAUUCGACGGAGGCCAUGGGUGAGACAGGCCUUUUUGCAAUUACACAAGCAAUGGUCAUGAUGAAGGGGUUGAUAGGACGAUGCCUCAGCCAUAAGACAGCCCUGGAUCGCGUACGGGUGAAAGCGGAGCAGACGGAGGAAGAGCUACUUCAGUUACGAAACUGGAAACCCAAGAUGGAGAGAAAGCUUGAACUUUCCGAGAAGGCAAGGAAAAACCUUGAACAGGUGACGGAAGAGGCGAAGAAGACUUUAGAGAGCAAGGACAAGGAGAUAGAAGAUCUGAAAAAUGAAGUCCGUCAGGCUAAGGACGUCGCGGUUCGUGAGUACCGUGACUCCGACGCCCUGAUUACUAAGCUAGGAGACUCCUUCCAUCAAGGUUUCAUGGAUGCCAUCCAUCAGGUCAAGCAAGCUUAUCCGGAUUUGGACAUUUCCAAGUUCAAGAUUAAAGACCCAGCUCAGACAUCCGUCUUACCUGCUGCUUCAGAGGAUACAGAUGACCUCUUUGCUGAUGACGAUGCCCUUGGUGACGGGGAGUCAGCACCAGCGAAAGUUGCACCUCAGCCUGAUACAGAGACGAUUCCUCAGUCCGACGUUAAUGAGAACAAAGUUCAGUGGCUAGUUUUUUAUUUUUUUUUAUUUUUUUUUAUGUUCUUGGGGAACAAUUUUCAUCCGUUGGCUGAUGAUAUGUAAACAUUGCCUUUUAAGGGCCUAUUUUUUG